UCGUCGUUACCAUGGAAACCCUGCUACAAAUGUUGUGCUGUGCGACGCUAAAGCCGAUCUCAUUGAGUUAAACAGACGAAAUACAACAGUUUCAAACGGGCUAAGUGUUUGUUAUUGUCUACCCUUUAUAUCAAAGCUAUAAAUGUCACCAAACAAAGAUAUAAAAUUUCCACCUUUAACACCGUCACAAAAAACAAGACUUACAUAUAAAUACGAUCUACAAAGUUACACAGCCCAGACAUCAGAGGAAGGACAUGAAGAGGAAAAUGCUGGUGGUGUAUCUGUCCAACCAUGUGCAACGAGAAAGUGCUGGACAGGAGGCAGUUACUUUUAUGCAGGGCCAGACAGAAAGCCACAACUUCUGAUGCAGAUGGAGAACUAUGUGAGCAAGGAGCUCCAUACUAUCGACCCACAUGAGCCGAAAUUUCAGGAGCUGAAACUUCAGGUCUACCGCAAUGCAUUUGAAUGUUUCAUCACUGCCUUCAAAACUUACCAACCCCUUCUGUCUGCCAUUAAAAAGGAAUAUGAAAACACCUUUGUUCAUCAGGGAGAACAAAUCAAAAAGCUGGAACCACUGCAGUCCCAUCUGAGGCUGGUGACAGAGGAAUGUGACAGAAAGAUUCAAGCUCGCUGGGCAGAGGAGCAGGCUGAGAUUGCUGCCUUGAAAAUGGAGAAGCAGAAGCUAAAGGAGGAGAUUGAAGCCAUGAGAAAGAGAGAGAAGACAGUGCAGGCAGUGGUGGAUCAUCUGCAGUCAGAACUGUCUGACCAGUAUCUGCAGUACCGGGAGGAGCGUGAUGCUCGCAGGUUGCUGAUUUGGCAGCUCAAUGACAUGACAAGAAGUAGUGUGAAGGAGCAGCGUUCUGCAGACAAAAGUACAGAUUGGAAGGAUCCUGUGGAACUGCAGCUCGCUCUAAAGGUGUGUCGAGAAGACCUGAGGAAAGCCCAGGAGGAACUGAACAGGAUGAACGCAGAGUACUGGGGUGUUGUGCCCCAGUGUGACUGGGACGCCCUUGAACAGAAACACCAACGGACCGAGCUACAGUUGAAGACACUCCAGGAUGACUUUGAUCAGUUAAAGAGUGAGUAUGACACACUGCUGGAACUCCACAGAAGAGGCAGCAUGCAGGCCAAGACACACGUCUCAACCUCUGUCCAGACUGAUGAGAGUGGGUCCCAGCAGCAAAGCCACAUUCAGUCCCAGCAACAAGAGGAACCAGUCAUUUCUGGCGCCCCUGAGAGCAACAUGUUCCCUGUCCAUGAGUCUAGGGAGGCCCAGAGGACAACAUAUUUUGGAGAGGAAACUGAUCCACAUGUGGCCUCAUCUCAAGGUGAAGCAGGCAACAGUGGUGAUCCCAUCUCCUCUUAGAGCCUGCGUUUAGCGGCUGGGGUGUCAAGUUUGAGCCUUGAUGUAAUUCACAACAUGUGAUCAAAAUUGUGAAGAUGCUGAAUUAAAUAUUAGAAAUUGUGGCCGUUGGGACCACCUGUGAGUUUCCAAGCUUUACCUUCAGUUCGUUGACAAUUCAGCGGAAAAUGUACCAUCAAAUCUUAAAACCACUUUCCUAACAGUGAGUGAAAUACUUGUAUAGUAUUCAUUCUGUAUUACAACAGUUCAAUGAUCUUAUUCAUCUUAUUCACACAAAUGUAAAACACCUCCUUUGUUCUGGGGAAAAUUAAAGCCUUGUAAAAUCAG